AUGUCCUCAAUCGAUCCUGGGCGAGCGGAUGUUGUGGAAUACAUGGCCAAAGCCUCCAAGGCUCUGGGCAAUCAUCUCCCUGCACCAAAAGACGUUUUUGCAUUUGGGGGUAGCAGCGCCCAGCUGAGCGAUCGGCUGCUUGAGCUCGCCAUCCGUGGGGAAAAGACCGCGACAACCUCAUGGCCAGUUCCAAACCCGCUAUACUGGGGUCCGGGAGACACCUCAGUCAUUCUGAAUGGAAAGGGAGAGCCUAGUGCAGUUAUGCGCACUCUAUCGUUCGUUCAGUGCAAGUUUAAGGAUGUUGCGGAGGAUUUCGCGCUUGCUGAAGCUGAAGGCGACUAUGAGAGCUAUCGGGAGGGGCACAAAUGGUACUAUGGCCAACAAGACAAUGGCCACGAGUUCGGAGAUAAUAGCGUCGUAUUAUGUGAGAGAUUCGAAGUUAUAUACCCCCUUCGGACCGGGUCACAGCUCAGUGUCGACGAGUCUUGA